AUGUCUUCGGGGCGCACUGAAACGCCCUGCUUCCCUUCCACCCUCCUUGGCGAAUGCUUCUGGACAACCCACCACAGAGAUGAUCUACAAGACCAUCGAUCAACGGAGCAAUUACCCGAGCACAGUGAUAUCGUUAUCAUUGGCGCAGGCUAUGCAGGUGUGGCAAUUGGCUAUCAUCUAGUCAAGGACCAUGGCAAAAGUUCCAUUACCAUUUUAGAGGCUCGUGGCGCCUGUUCUGGUGCCACUGGGAGAAAUGGCGGUCACGCGAGACCUGAUCUUUAUGGCCACAUUCCCACUUACAUCGAUCGUGCCGGCGCAGAUGCUGGUGCGGAGAUUGCUGAAUUCGAAAUCACCAAUCUGCGUGCCUUGAAGAAGACUAUUGAAGAUGAAAACAUUGAUUGUGAUUUUACCUACGCUCGAUCAGUCGAUGUUUGGUGUAAUGAAGAUGCUGCCAAAAAGGCGAAAGAGGUUUAUGACUCCAUGGUAGCUCAUAACUUUGAGUAUAUGAACGACGUUAUAUUUCACACCGACCGUGACAAUGUGGAGGGGAUCUCCGGAGUCAAAGGUGCGAAAGCCUGUGCCAGCUUUACAGCUGGAACAAUGUACCCUUUCAAGUUCAUCAUGCACUUGAUUAGGACCCUCCUGACGGCCGGCGUCAACCUGCAGACGCAUACUCCUGUCACCACCAUCACAGCCGACCCGCAAGGAGGUUUCAUCAUUGAGACUCCUCGUGGCAAGAUGCACGCAGGAAAAGUAGUUUACGCCAAUAAUGCCUAUGUUGCGGGCCUUCUUCCACAAUACAAGGCAAACAUCAUCCCCUGUAAGGGAAUAUGUUGUCGAAUCACCAUUCCAGAGGGCGCGACAGCCCCGCUACUCAACAACUCCUACAUUCACCGGACCGAAGACAAUGUACUUUCGUACAUGAUCCCUCGCGCCGAUGGCAGCAUUAUUGUGGGAGGGGCUUCUUCCCUGUUCCGCCCCCACCGGGAUCAGUGGUACAACAAUGUGGAUGAUAGCGUGCUUAUCGAUUCCGCAAAGGAUUACUACAUUGAUUACAUGCAGAAAAACUACCGAGGCUGGGAGAACUCUGACGCCAAGGUGGACCAGAUCUGGACGGGUGUCAUGGGUUAUUCUUACGAUUCUAACCCACAUAUCGGCAAGGUCCCUGGCUGUGACGAUCAGUUUAUUCUUGCAGGUCUUAACGGUCACGGCAUGCCUGUCAUCUGGCUGUCCUCGAAGGAGUUAGCCAAGAUGAUUGUCCAGGGUAUUCCAUUUGAGCAAACGAGCAUGCCGCGACUUUUCCAGACUUCGCAAUUUCGCAUCGACCGCGCACAAAAGAGUGAUCCUGAAAAUGGAGAUAUCCUUGGUACUGGCAAUUUCCCAGCUACAAAGCCAUGA